UACCCGACCACAAAUGAUGAUAACCACACAAGCUCCCAACCGAGCAAGAUGAUGCCAAUACUCUACAUUUCCAUCCCCUGAGAGCUAUGGCUGUCAAGACAAGAUGGCAGGCCGUCCGGGACAAGAAGCUUGCGGAGCAGCAUGCCAUUCUUGAGCCGUACCUCCUUUCGACAUCUUCCCUUCCAUCGCCUGUGGUAGCAGGCAGUGAAAGGAUCCGAUACGUCAAUGAGUGCGCUGCUCUCACCGAUCGUGAAGUCGAAAUCACGUCUUGGCCAGCCUCGAACCUCCUCCAAUCCCUCCGUGAAGGAACUGCAACUUGCGUCGAAGUAACUACUGCCUUCAUCCAACGCGUAACUAUUGCGCACCAAUUGACAAACUGCCUGACCGAACCCCUCUUUUCCUCCGCCCUCUCCCGCGCCGCCGAACUCGAUGCGCUACCCCCCUCCUCGCGUCGGCCCCUUCACGGUCUGCCGAUCUCGUUGAAAGAUCAAUUUAAUGUUGCUGGGGUUGAUACGACGCUUGGGUAUAUCUCCCGCUGUCACGCACCCGCUCCGAAAUCCGAACAAAGCGUGUUAGUCUCAAUUCUGCAGGAUGCGGGCGCGAUACCCAUCGUGAAGACGAAUUUGCCGCAGAGUAUCCUCUGGUGCGAAACCCAGAACCCCAUUUUCGGGAUCACCACGCAUCCCCUAAAUCCCGCCUACACACCCGGCGGCUCAACAGGUGGCGAGGCCGCUCUCCUGGCACACUCUGCCUCGCACUUGGGAUGGGGCACGGACAUCGGUGGCUCCAUCCGUAUCCCAGCCGCUCUCUGUGGUCUAUGGGGCCUCAAACCAUCCAGUACCCGUAUCCCAUAUUCGGGUGUGCCCGUAAGUCAAGAGGGCCAACCCGCUAUCCCAUCCGUCGUCGGCCCAUUGACGCGGGAAAUGGGGAUGCUGGAGGUCGGGAUGCGUGCUGUACUUGGUGGAAAGCCGUGGGAGCGGGAUCCGGGUGUUGCUCCGAUGCCCUGGAGGUACGAGGAGGUGAAAGCUGCGUAUGUUGGGAAGAAGGUUAGGAUCGGGGUUAUGGGGACGGAUCAUAUAGUGACACCCUUGCCGCCCGUACAGAGAGUAUUUGAAGAACUGGUACAAAAGCUGAAAGGCAUGCCGGAGAAAUAUGAGUUGGUGGAAUGGCCGGCGCUUGGACACAGAGAAUGUCUUACCCUUAUGGACCGCAUGUACACUGUCGACGGCGGGGAAGAAAUCCGCCGUUCAGUCACAAAAGGUGGCGAACCGUUCCUGCCACACGUCGAACGGCUAAUCAGCCGUGGAAAAGCUGUAUCAGUUCUCGAGUACUGGGAGAUGAACACUGAGAAAAUUAAACUCCAGAAAGCGUACCUGGAGCUCUGGACUUCAGCUGGAUUGGAUUUCGUGCUGUGCCCGGUUAUGCCACACCCCGCCGUCCCGCAUGAGAGGACGAAGUGGGUUGGGUAUACGAAGAUAUGGAACUUCCUGGAUUUACCCGCGGCAGUGUUUCCCGUGGACAAGGUCACCCAUGAGGAUAUGUGGAAGGAGUAUGUUGCGAGGGAGGGGACUGAGAUGGAGGAAAUGUUGAAGGCGACGUGGGAGGAAUUCGGGAAGGGGAUGGUGGGGAUGCCGGUGGGGUUGCAGUUGGUUGGGAGGAGGUUGAGGGAGGAGGAGGUGUUGGUCGGGUUGGAGCGGGUGGUGGAGGAUUGUAAAUUGGGAACGGAGCCAAUGGUAUCAUAGAUCAAUUGGUCAGGGACGUGAAUAUCCCACGCUUAUCUUGUUUUGACAUUCACGCCAUGCAGACUCUC